AUGUUUUUCCAGGUUUCCUGGCCCGAGACGGUUCAUGUGAUGGUCUGUUAUCUGUUUGAGAUUCCUUGGGUCACGCUGUUCAUCUUGUGGCUGUGGCUGUCCGUGCGGCAUCUGCAUCCAACCUGCUUCUCCAAUCCCAUCGCGCCAUCGGGCACAAUCAGGUCAAUGUCGAGCUUCACCAUUCCUCUUGAUGAAGGCAAUGGUUCUGGGUCUGUGCCAGUCAAUUCUCUUAACGAUCUGAGCAGAGACGAUCUCCUACGUUUCCCAGCCUUUCGGGUCUGGCUUUCCACCCUUAACCGAUCGUUACAGCGACAACACAAUCCGUCCCAUGAGUUCAACCACAACCCCUAUGUUUUAAGGAAAAUCAAUAUUCAAUCUGUUGAUUACUUCAAGGGCGGCAGAUUGGGGUUUGUUAAGCUCAAAGCUGAAGUUUCCAAUGGAAACGGAGAAACUCUCCCGGGAACGGUCUUUCUGAGGGGUGGUAGUGUGGGAAUGUUGAUGAUCCUCCAGCCCGACGAUGUGCCCUCAUCGAACGAGGACGAGAAGAGGGCGAUUCUGACCAUUCAACCCCGAAUCCCAGCCGGCUCCCUAGCUUUCCCCGAGAUCCCAGCUGGUAUGAUUGAUGAUAGUGGAACAUUCGCCGGAGCAGCUGCAAAGGAGAUAGAAGAGGAAACAGGAUUGACAAUCCCCCAAGGUGAACUUGUCGAUAUGACAUCUCUGGCGCUGCAAUCGAUUUCGGAGCCAAAGGACGGAGAGUCUCUGCAAAGAGCAGUCUAUCCGUCCCCGGGAGGGAGCGAUGAGUUUAUCCCCUUGUUUUUGUGCCAAAAGAGGAUGCCGCGCAAGGAGAUCGAGAGUCUACAAGGACGGGUGACGGGUUUACGCCAGCAUGGAGAGAAGAUCACAUUGAAGAUUGUGCCGUUGAAAGACCUUUGGAAAGAGGCAUUGCGAGACGGUAAGACCCUUGCCGCAUGGGCACUAUAUAACGGCCUGAAACAGGAUGGAAAGAUUUAA